AUGACCAAAUUCGCCAACCGUGAUUACCGUGGAGCCACCAUCGAAGACCUCAACAUCCCACCAGCAGUAUCCAUCAACCCAAGCACACCCUUGGGCGUCGCCAUUGCUAUUGCGUACGAAAAUGAGUUUACUUACUUACCAGUGAUUCACGAAACUAAUAAAAGACUCCUUGGUGUUCUCAACGUGGAAGAACUCAAAAAGGACCAGGAGAAAUUCAAGAGAAGCUUUCUCAGACCCAUAGCUAAGAACUACAUGCUUUGGUUCAACCAACACAGCAAACAAAAGUACGAAGCCGAGUUCCACACCAAUAAGCAACAAAGCACACCGGUGAGAUCGACAAUAUUGCGUCCUAAAACCGGAAACGGCCAAAAGUACCAUGUGUUGACCCCAGACACCCCGUUAGAAGAAUUAGCUGAGUUCUUCAACAGUGGCAUCUACUUUGCCAUCAUAACCAACGGCGAAGGCACGUUCGUGUAUGGAGUUGCUACCCCUGAAGACUUGCAAAAAUACGAAAAAAGCUAA